AUGGACCCUGUUUCAUUUGCGUGCGGUGUCCUGGGUGCCGCAGACGUUUGUCUCAAGUCUGGAAAGUACCUCAUUCGCAAAUUUGGAGACUACCGAAACGCCGAGCGGGACAUCGUCGAUAUCGUGCUUCGCAUGAAGACUCUCUGGCUGAAGACAGAAAUCCAACUCGAGUCAAUAAAAAAGCUGUGGGGAUCAUUUGAUCCCCGACUGCAAGCUCUUUUCGACGAGCUGAUCGGUCAUCUUCAAAGCAAGCUUCAGAUCGCAUCCAAUAGUCUGGAUAGAGUAAUGGACGGGAAGCAAUGCGAAGGUGGAGCAGUGAAGAAGUUCAAAGCGGCGUAUUUCAAAAAGAGUAUCCAGCAAACUGUCCAGGAGCUGGAAGAUUGGCAAGGGAGGUUUGAACCUACUUGGCUUCUAAUCACUCUCGUUACCAGCCCGGCGAUUGAUAGAUACCUGGAGGGGAAGAAUGACCAGACAAGUGUGCCCACUGGAAAACUCAAGGAAUUGAGGGAUGCCAUGAGCCGGAAGGUGGAAGCGAGACAAGGGUCCAUUUUCAUCAAGGAAGAAAACAUAUCUGGAGGUUACAGAUCUCUCCCUUGGUCUGAAGUGUGCACAACGCGUCUGUCUGGCAGCGAUAAAAGAUUUCUUAUUGAUAAAAUAACCUAUCUCGACUCUGACAUCAACCUUGCAACAGUGCAUAUCCGGGACCUAGCGAGGCGUUUAUCAACCUCUGACCCUGCUGAGUUCGGAGUUCUUCGUUGCCGAGGUGUGAUCAAGUCUUCAACCAGGGCUGGCACUAGCUUCAAACUCGUGUUCGAAAUUCCUCCCACGCUAUCCAGCCCGCAAACACUUCGCGAAAUUCUGCUACACAAGGCUCCCCACCCUCUCAAUCAGCGAUUCCAGCUAGCUAAGCAGCUGAUCAGAUCUCUGAUGUUUGUUCAUACAUUCGGAUUUGUCCACAAAAGCAUUCGCCCCGAUACAAUUAUCGUUUUUCGAGAAUCUGAGAAGAUGCUUGGCCAUUCUUUUCUCACCGGCUUUGAGCGAUUCAGACCCGGAAAUGCAGAAACACUGCUGUCAGGGGACUCGAGCUGGGAGAAGAACCUCUACCGUCACCCUAAGCGCCAGGGGAUACACCCUGAGGAGAGAUACAUAAUGCAACAUGAUAUCUACAGCCUUGGGGUGUGCCUUCUUGAGAUCGGGCUGUGGAACUCGUUCGUGCGCCCAGCAGACGGCAGCGGCAUUGAGUCUAGUGAAAGCCUGAAAAAUGUCAAAGAAGCACUUGUAUCAGGGAACAGGCCAAGCCUUGUGAAAGAUGGAUUGGUGCAGAUCGCUACCAAGCGUCUUUCGGGAUUGAUGGGACAGCGCUAUGCCGAUAUUGUUCUAUCCUGUCUGACGUGUCUCGACCCUGGCGAUACCAAUUUGUUCGGAAAGGAGGAGGAUCUGGAAGAUGAGGAUGGAAUCGUUGUGGGUGUUCAGUUUAUCGAGAAGGUAUUGAGCAUAUCGCCUGUGAGGGUCUUAUUCUUUGCUAACUAUGACUGCAUGCAGGUGCUUUUACAGAUUGAAGAUAUACGUGUUUGA